CUCUGUAGCGCUCGCCUUCGUCCACAUAUCACACUCGACGAUGGCGUCUCUCAUCACCAUCGUUCGUAAUAAGUUCCUCGAAGCAAUUCGUUCCGUCAAUCCUCCCGGGAAAUGGAAGAUUCUCGUUGUCGACGAGCAUUCACAGAAACUUCUAGGUGAAGUGCUCAAGCAAUUCGAUAUUCUUGAGGAGAAUGUUACUCUGAUUGAGUCGAUAUCCAAUUAUCGGGAUCCUCAGCCAGAGUUUGAGGCUUUGUAUCUGCUGAUGCCGACAACCCAAAAUGUCGAUCGUAUCAUCUGUGAUUUCUCGCAGACGAAGCAGUACGCCGCUGCACACCUGUUCUUCAUCGAAGGUCUUUCCGAACCUCUAUUCCAACGCCUCACAUCAUCUCCGGCAGAGCCUCACCUUCAGGCCCUCAAAGAGCUGUUUUUGAACUUUUCACCUGUCGAAGCACAGACAUUCUCUCUCCAGGUGCCGGAAAUGUUCUUCAGCAUGUACAGCCCACCGCGACAUGAGAACGACUAUCGCAGGGCACGCGAACGGCUAGAAGAAGACCUCCGUUUUGCCAGUAAAAUCAUUACUAAUGUUUGUAUAACACUUAAUGAAUUUCCCUACAUCCGGUACUAUGUACCUCCCAACCAUCCCCCUCUAGGUGCCCUUAAGCCGCACACGUCUACCCGUCCACCGCCACCUGCCGAAGGCAGUGGCCGAUGGCGGACGAACCUUGCUCGUGGUGCAGACGCUCGCGCCUACGAAUCUGUCGAAACUGACUACGUAGCGAAGCUGUUAGCGUUUAUGGUCCAAAACAAUCUCGAGGAGCACAAACGAGCGAAUUCCGAUUUUGGAAAGAUCGAUGCCGGAAGGGGACGAUCUACACUGAUUAUCACGGACCGGGCAAUGGAUAUGAUGGCACCUUUGGUCCACGAGUUUACGUACCAAGCUAUGGCGAACGAUCUCUUGCCCAUUGAAAAUGGCGUGCGAUAUACUUACAAGUUCCAGUCAUCCGUGGGUGCCUACGAAGACAAAACCGCUACUCUGUCCGACCAGGACAACGUGUGGACGGCGGUGCGACACAUGCAUAUGCGCGAAGCCAUUGAUAAAUUGAUGGCAGACUUUAACAAAUUCCUCGAGGAGAAUGCCGUCUUCAAAGGGGACAGUGCAGCGAAUCUUAAUGAUAUGAAGGAAAUGUUGGCAGGGUUGCCUCAGUACCAAGAACAGCGCGAGAAGUUCUCAUUACAUCUAAGCAUGGCUCAAGAAUGUAUGGGCAUCUUCGAACGUGACAAACUACCUGUUGUAGCCAACGUUGAGCAGGACUGUGCUACUGGUCUCACAGCCGAAGGCAAGACACCGAAAAAGUUGGUGGAAGAGAUGGUGCCCUUACUGGAUAGCCGGGAAGUGAUAAACGCCAAUAAAGUCCGAAUAAUAGCACUGUACAUACAGCACCGUGAUGGCGUUCCCGAUGAAGACCGAAGACGGCUGUAUCAACAUGCGCGCCUGUCGCUGGCGGAACAAGACGCUGUUAAUGCAUUAGCACAUCUUGGUGUAAGAAUCAGCCGGGGACCCAGCGAUCGAGACAUCAAGAAGAAAAUAAAGCAGAAACCCAAAGACAACGAAUAUGAGCUGUCACGAUUCAAACCACUGUUGAGGACCGUCAUUGAGGAACAUGUUGAGGGUAAACUUGAUGUCACGCUUUUCCCUUAUGUUAAAGACUCCCCUUCUGCGAUACCCCCGCCUUCAUUGCGUCCUGCCCCGACGCAUACAACAUCUUUGCGAAGCCAAAAGCCCGCUUGGCAUCGUGCUGCAACACGCAAUGCGAUACAGGAAUCUACUAAACAGCGUCUACUCGUGUUCGUCGCUGGUGGUAUGACAUACUCUGAGGUGCGGGAGGUAUACGAACUAUCUUCGUCGCUGAGCAAAGAUAUCUACAUCGGCUCUACGCAUACCAUCAUACCCCGACCUUUCAUUGACGAUCUUAAAGUGCUAGACCUGGGUGGGGUUGGCUCGCGUGCGUUACCGAAUGGCCUGCAGGAGGGCGCAGGAAAGAGGCCCUAUCAAGACUUCUACGACGAGAAAUACUACACCAAGGACGGACCACGACCCCAACCAAAGCCAGCGCCGAGCACGCUUGCUCCACCGAAGGAACGAAGUCGACCACAGCCCUCCCCCACGGAGAGCUAUUCGUCCAGCAACUCUUUUGGAAAGGAAGAGAAGAAGAAAAAGAAGGGUCUCUUCCGAUUCUGACGGACUAAAGGUAACUGUAUAGUGUGUAAUUCUUAUACCCCCUUCGUGAAAUAAUGGACCUGGCAUAAUUUAAGGGACAUACGGAUGCCCGGUAGCGUUAACAGUGGUGCUUAAUGGUACUCAGAACGUUGUUUGUCAGUCACAAAUACUAAAUGCCUGCAAAGUGGUCUCGAAAUAAAGACUAUGUGUAGCUGAAAUCUUUCCUUUUCUCACGUUCUUAACGUGCUUAUUUGUCUAACAUUGUCAGAAUAGUUUAUACUACGUUACAAGGCAAGACCAGGUAUAACUGCUGUAUUCAAGACAACACACUACAAACCUCUCGAUCAU